GGCCCCACCCCUCACGCACACUCACUGACCAAUGGGAGCGCGGGACGGGCUGACGUAACGGGUGAAAGAUCAACGCGCGCGCAUGGAGGACGCAGGAUGUAAAUAACAGAUAUUCCAGAACCGCACCGACCCGAACCACACGUCAUCGUCAUGAGAUUGUUGACCUGGUCAGCCCGGAUGAUUUUAUCCGCACGAAAGCAGCCGCCAGGGGGCAGUCGAGAGUUCUGGGGGUGGCUCAACGCUGUUUUCAACAAAGUUGAUUAUGAGCGCAUCAAAGCGGUGGGUCCUGAUCGAGCUGCUGCCGAGUGGCUCCUGAGGUGUGGUGCAAAAGUUCGGUUCCGUGGUUUCGACCGCUGGCAACACGACUACAACGCACUCCCGACUGGGCCUUUGGGCCGGUACAAGAUAGAAGCUAUCGAUGCCACAGAGUCCUGCAUCAUGUAUCGUGGUUUUGAUCACCUGGAGGGUCUCGAGCACGUGGAGGAAAUCAAGUUGAAUAAGUGUAUUUAUAUAGAAGACGCGUGUCUGGAGCGUUUGAGUCAAAUAAAGACACUGCAGGACAGUGUGAAGAACAUGACAGUAGUAUCCUGUGGUAAUGUGACAGAUAAAGGACUCAUCGCUCUUCAUCACCUCAGGAACCUGGAGUGGCUGUUUCUCAGUGAUCUGCCUGGUGUAAAAGAUAAAGAUCAGACCGUGGACAGACUCCAGACCGCACUUCCCAGACUCGCCAUAGAAUUGGAUCUCGCUUAGCCAAUCGCAUCAUUUCUCAGAACACAUUUGGAACACCACAACUCUCACAGCCUUAUGACCGGGCCAGACAAGCCCUCUGGCUGAUGUCCAUGACUGCUGUGGCAACAGUAUCCAAGCAACUGUGCAUCCCAGAGACGGAUGCAGAGAGCUGCUUUGCCUUAGAGGCAAAUCAACAACACCGAAUUAGCUUUGUUUAUUAAAUAAAAGGUUUAGUUAGACCACCCAGGGCAGAUCAACAAUCUUAUAUUGCCAUUCGCAAUAAAUUUUCAGCGGUGA